GGCCUGCGACGGGGCGCGAACCAGGGAGCGGCACGGAAGCCAGGGACGGAGCCGAGAGCCUGGGGGCGGGCUCGUGAUCCUGGGGAUAGGGCCGGAAGCCGCCGCAGGCCCGGCCUCCUCCGCGGCGCGGCGCUGCUCAGCAAAGAUGGCGGCUUCCAGGUGCGUGCGUGCGGCCCUGCUCCUGCUUUGUGCCUCUGACCUCCUGCUGCUGCCGCCACCUGGGGUUUGCGCGACCGAGAGUUCGGCCGAGACACCUGGCAAAGCCACCCCGCCUCCGCGGAAGAAGAAGGACAUUCGCGACUACAAUGAUGCGGACAUGGCGCGUCUCCUGGAACAGUGGGAGAAAGAUGAUGACAUAGAAGAGGGAGAUCUUCCAGAGCAUAAGAGACCCCCGGCACCUGUUGACUUCUCCAAGAUAGAUCCGGGGAAGCCUGAGAGCAUCCUGAAAAUGACAAAGAAAGGGAAGACGCUCAUGAUGUUUGUCACUGUAUCUGGGAGCCCCACGGAGAAGGAGACAGAGGAAAUCACAAGCCUGUGGCAGGGCAGCCUGUUCAAUGCCAACUAUGAUGUGCAGAGGUUCAUCGUGGGCUCAGACCGGGCAAUUUUCAUGCUUCGGGAUGGGAGCUACGCAUGGGAGAUCAAGGACUUUUUGGUCAAUCAAGACAGGUGUGCUGAUGUCACUCUAGAGGGGCAGGUGUACCCUGGCAAAGGAGGAAGCAAAGAGAAAAAUAAAACAAAGCCAGAAAAGGGCAAAAAGAAGAAGGAAGGGAAUUCAAGAUCACGAGCUUCAAAGGAAGACAACAGAGCUGGGAGCCAUCGAGAAGACCUGUGACAGUGCCACUCCCCUUAGAGCAGCAGGACAAGGGAACACCUUGCUGGUUGUGUGGGUGGGGUGGGUGCUGCAUACCCGGUGACAUUCAUGUUUCUCCUCGAAAGGGUCUGCCACGUGACCAGUCUGGCCAGUGCAAAAGUUACUGUUGUGAAGCCUUCAAAGAUGGAGACUAUGGUUUUCUGAUGAGCAGCAGACACUGACAGGUUCAUGUUUUCUCCAGAGUCACCAAUCAUGGAAUGUGACUAUGUCGCUUUUCCCAUUAGAGCUGGUGGGUCUGUGAUGCCCCGUACUGCUGCCUCACCUUACUGCUCAGCUGUGGUGGGCUGUGUCUUCUGAUUUCCUACUAACCAAAAUACAGCAAGUUCUGAUCCGACAAACUUGUCGAAUACUUGGCUUCACCGAAUCAGACUGUUGAGCUGCAGCCAUCACUUGCAUCAUUGUGAAGUCAAGUGAGCCAUGGCGUCUGGACGGGUCACCAGAUAGCUGGGAAGUAAGCGCAUCCAUGCAGGGAAUUUGGGUUCAGAAGCAGUGCCGCUCAACACGGGGCCAUUACUUGGGAUGUCCCGACUGCAGUCCCUGUCCUGCACUGGAGGGAACUCUUGCUGUCAUUUGGCUUAAGGAAGACAGAGUGAGACUGCUGUCAGGUGUGCAUGCAAGGACCAGCAGAGUCCUGAACAGACACAGUGAAGACACAACGACCUCAUUUACAGUGUUUUAGACAUUUCCUUUGAUAAAGUGCCUCAGCUUGUGAUGUUUUUCUAUGGUACUGACUAGGUGUGUGGCUGUUCAUAUCUGAAUUUUUGCCAUUCAUAUAAUGGAGACACUCUGAAUAAGAGGACAUUUAUAUGCAGAUAUCAUUUUUAGGAAUUUAAAUUCUUUAAAGAAAAACCUCAAUUGUGGUUUUAAGACGUUAAAAACAACACAUGUACAUGUAUGUGGUUAGAAAAUGUCACUGUUAAAGGAAGAAGGAUAGCGCAAGACGGAAACUAUGUCCCUGCCCUAUCACCAGUAUUUUGUCCCUUAUCCCAGUGGAACCACUGCUCAUAAUUUGUUUUAAAAAGAAAGAGAUGCUUGCCA